UGCCAAUUAUACUCAUAUUCCCAAAACUUCUCUCUCUCUCUCUCUCUCUCUCUCCCAUUGCUUCUCUUCAUUCCCCCAUGCAACCUCAAGUUAACAAUUAUCAACCAAGCUUCAACCCUACAUCUAUGCCUAAUAACUCGGAAAUGAUGAUACCACUAGAGGUGGAAACCACUUCAAUUGCAAAUAAUAGAGCAACUUCUGCCGUCGCUGAUCGAACCGAUACGGGCAGUGAUGGUGUUUUCUUGACAUGGGAGGAUUUAUGGGUGACAGUUUCAGAUGGAAGAAAAAGCAGUAGACCAAUCCUUCAAGGCCUCACCGGCUAUGCUCGGCCCGGUGAGCUCUUGGCUAUAAUGGGUCCUUCUGGCUGUGGCAAAUCUACACUUCUUGAUGCCUUAGCAGGGAGAUUAGACUCGAACACAAGGCAGAACGGUGACAUUCUGAUCAAUGGUCGUAAACAAACACUGGCUUAUGGAACAUCAGCCUAUGUAACUCAAGAUGAUUUGCUGAUAACCACAUUAACUGUGAGAGAAGCAGUGUACUAUUCUGCUCAACUCCAACUCCCAAAUUCAAUGUCAAUGUCUGAGAAGAGAGAGAGGGCUGAAAUGAUUAUAAGGGACAUGGGGUUACAAGAUUCAGUGAACACUAGAAUAGGUGGGUGGGGUGUAAAAGGCCUCAGUGGGGGGCAGAAGAGGAGAGUCAGUAUUUGUAUAGAGAUCCUCACAGGUCCAAAGCUUCUCUUCCUUGAUGAACCAACAAGUGGGCUUGACAGUGCAGCUUCAUAUUAUGUAAUGAGCAGAAUUGCAGGGCAAAAGGAGGGAAGGACCAUUAUAGCCUCCAUUCAUCAACCUAGCAGUGAAGUCUUUGGUCUUUUCACUAAUCUGUUUCUUUUAUCUUCUGGGAGAACUGUAUACUUUGGCCCUGCUGGGGCAGCAAAUGAGUUUUUCGCGUUGAAUGGAUUCCCUUGUCCAAUGCUCCAAAAUCCAUCCGAUCACUUCCUUAAAACAAUAAACAAGGACUUUGAUCAGGACAUUGAGCAAGGUUUACGUAACAAGAAGCCCACAGAGGAGGUGAUCAAUACACUUGUAAAGUCAUAUCAAUCUAGUACUAGUUACCAGGAUAUUCAGAGGCAAGUGGCGCAAAUAUCUAAACAGGAAGGUGAAGUGUUGGAGAAGAACAGAAGCCAUGCUAGCUUCCUCACCCAAUGUAUAGUUUUGACGAGAAGAUCAUUUGUGAAUAUGUUUCGCGAUCUUGGUUACUAUUGGUUGCGCCUAGCCAUCUAUGUCACCCUGGCUUUUGGUCUUGGCACCAUCUUUUAUAAUGUUGGCUCAAGUUAUGGUUCCAUUCAGGCCAGAGGUUCGAUGCUUAUGUUUGUGGCUUCUUUUCUAACUUUCAUGACCAUUGGUGGAUUUCCUUCAUUUGUGGAGGACAUGAAGGUAUUUGAACGAGAGAGAUUAAACGGGCACUAUAGUUCUGGUGCAUUUGUGAUUGCCAACGCACUGUCUGCUAUGCCAUACUUGAUUGUAGUUUCUUUGAUUCCCGGUGCAAUCACUUACUACCUUACUGGACUUCAACAAGGAUUUGAACACUUUAUGUACUUUGCUUCUGUGCUUUUUACUUGCAUGAUGUUGGUUGAGAGCCUGAUGAUGAUUGUGGCGGGCAUCGUGCCUAAUUUCCUCAUGGGAAUCAUAUUGGGUGCUGGAAUUCAAGGGCUAAUGAUACUAGGUGGUGGAUUUUUUCGAUUACCAAAGGAUCUUCCUAAACCAUUCUGGAGGUACCCCUUGUACGACAUUACCUUCCACAAGUAUGCAUAUCAAGGACUGUUUAAGAACGAGUUCAUAGGACUAGUAUUUCCUGGUGAUGAAGCUAGAGGGCCAAAAAUACUCAAGGGGGAGGAUGUUUUGAGAAAUAUGUAUCAAGUGGAAUUCGGCUAUUCUAAGUGGGUCAACCUUGCCAUAUUGUUAGGGAUGGUGUUUUUGUAUCGAUUGUUGUUCUUUGUCAUCGUCACAAGUGUUGAAAAGGUUAAGCCUGCGAUUAGGGCAUUCAUGUCUGUGCCUCCGAAGCAGACGAAGCAAGUCAUGAUGAAUCCUAGUACCACACCUGAACAUAAAGAACCCUCUAUAGUAUGAGACUUCUUUUCAAUGUUCGAAAUGCAUUUAAUCCAAGCCCUAGCUCAGUUAGAAAGGGUCCUCUUAAACAUGAUAUUUGUGGUUAUUAGAUAAAUAUAUAUGUUAUGCUCUUCUCUUUCAGUUUAAACUUUUAAAUGGUUUGAUCGUUUAACAUGAUAUUGGAGCGUCUGGAGUUUCUUUUAAACUUUAAGAUGGGUUGGUUGUUUAAUAUUACCUUGAUGAUGCAUUGAUGUAGUUGUAAUCCAUGGAAGAUAAAUAUCACUCUCUCUUC